AUGGGAUCGUUGAAACUGUUCAUUAAGGCCGUCCGUAAGGCUAAGACCAUCGCAGACGAGCGAACCGUCGUGCGCAAGGAGUCGGCCAGUAUAAGAACUUCCUUCAGAGACCCAAACUUGGACCAAACCACUAGACGCAUAAACAUCUCCAAGUUACUUUACCUUUAUAUUUUGGGCGAAAAGACCCAUUUCGGUCAAGUGGAAUGUCUCAAGUUGUUGGCUUCACCGCGUUUCGCCGAUAAGAGACUGGGCUACUUGGCAGUAAUGCUACUUUUGGACGAGAAUCAGGAAGUGUUGACACUUUUGACCAACUCAUUGGAUAACGAUAUGCAACACCCCAAUACAUUUAUAGUUGGGUUGGCUCUUACGUGUCUUGGAAACGUGGCAUCGCCAGAAUUGGCUCGUGAUUUGUAUAAUGACGUGGAGAAAAUCAUCAAAACCACCAACUCAGGCUACUUGAAGAAGAAAGCCAGCAUAGUCGCUGCCAAAUUGAUCAACAAGGAACCUGAUUUGGGUGAAGUUUUCUUGCCUUUGGUCCAACACAUGCUGAACGAUAAACUGCCCCAGCUUUUGCUCGGUGUGUGCCGCAUGAUUCAAGAAAUGUACGAGCACUGCCCUGAACAAAGGGAAGCUGUCAUCAAGUUGGUGCCUCGUUUGAUUGCACACUUAAAGAGAAUUAUCACCUCGGGGUACAUGCCUGACUUCGAUGUUGCUGGUGUUACUGAUCCUUUCUUGCAAGUUACCUUGCUUCAUACCUUGCGUAUCUUGUCUAUUGACGAGUCUUGUCCUGCUGGAUACUUGGAGCAGAUGAACGAUAUUUUGACUCAGGUUGCGCUGAAUUUAGACAGUGUCAAGAACGCUGCACACGCCAUCUUGUAUGAGUGUAUCAAGACCAUUUUCGCCAUCAAGUCAGAUCAGUCUCUCCGUGUCCUCGGUAUCAACUUGCUUGGUAAGUUCUUGCUGACAAAAGAUAACAAUAUCCGCUAUGUGGCUCUCGAGAUGCUUCUCACCGUAAUAGACUACGAGCCCUUGGCUGUUCAAAGACACCGUUCUACAAUCGUCAGCUGUCUCCUGGAUGGAGAUAUCUCCAUUCGCCGCAGAGCCUUGGAACUUGCAUUUGCCAUUCUCAAUGAACAGAACAUCCGUGUCUUGAUCCGUGAAAUCUUAACUUUCUUGGAACAAUGCCCAGAUAAUGAAUUGAAGCCUUAUAUUACCUCGCAGAUCACCAUCGCAUCGUCUAAAUUCUCGCCUAACGAGAAGUGGCACUUCGACACGUUAAUCCGUAUGCUCAAGGUCUCGGGCAAUUACAUCACUUCAGACAUUAUCUCGAAUAUCUUAGCGCUCAUGAUGAGAUGCAGCUCGGCAGACUUGAGAAAACACCUUGUUUCUCGUCUUUUCCUGGCAAGCGUUGAAGAUCCACUGCAAUACGCCUUGGGCGUCGUCACAGUAUGGUGCUUGGGAGAGUAUGCCGACUCGAUCCUUGGAACUGAAGUUGAGAUCAAUGGAAAGCAAACGGUGGCAUCAGAGCUGGCCAUAUUAAAGCUCCUUGACGGCUACAUCAACAACUCGAACUUUAGCGAUAGUGAAACGACGCAGCUCGUGACAUAUAUCCUAACUGCUGUCAUCAAGCUCUCGGUUAAGUUCCAAGAUUCAGCUUCCCUUGAACAGUUGCGUCUUAUCCUCAACUCACGCAGUUACGACACAAACCUUGAGAUCCAAACUCGUGCCAUUGAAUACCAACAGAUUUUUGGUGAAAACCAAAAAUUGAAGCAGGGACUUUUGGCCCACAUGCCUGCUCCUCCUAUUAAGGACAGACAGUCAUUGAGUUCCCAAACCCUUUCUCUGGGCUCGUCUUCUGAGAAGACAGAGGAUUUACUAGACUUGUUAGAUGAUGUACCAGCAACGUCCAAUGAGACUUCUGCGGAGCAGGCUACCGAUAAUGACCUCUUGCUGGAUAUCUUUGGUCUGACUCCAGCGGCCCCCUCGGCUCCAAAAUCUACGGCCUCGAACGGUCUCCUUGAUUUAUACGAUUCACCACAAUCACGCGCUCCACAAGCUAAUUCUGCUGCAUCUUCUGCUCCAGCACCUUCUGCUACCGAGGUUGAAGCAUUUGCUGACGGCCAUUUGAAGAUUGCAUUUGAUAAUCCAUCGUUCCAGGAUGGUCAAGCUAGCAUUGAUGCCAACAUCACUUCUACAAGCCCAAGCAAAGUGGAUCAGGUUCAAUUGCUCUUUGCUGUGCCUAAGACGCAAAAAUUGAACAUUACAACUACUGCUGGCAGCGAUUCUCUUGUCACAAGCAAUAUCAUCCGCCAGUCGUUGAAAAUUACCGGUAAAGCCGGAUCGAAGGUGAAGUUGAGAGUCAAGGUGAAGUACAGACUCGACGGACAAACUAGAGACGACCAGUUUGACUUUGCCGGAUUUGAGGGGACUUUGUAG